UUUUGCCUUAUAAAUACAUACCCCGAACAGCAGAACAAACCAGAGCACCAAAACCAAAAAGCAAGAAGGCCACGUUCACAAAUUUUCAUAUAAAAACACUAGAAUCUCGUCAUCUACACCUACAACGUUUUCCAAAUUCCCCGUAAACAAAAAAUAUGCCAGUUGACAGCUCUUCCCCUUGGAGCCAAAUCGUCUGUGUCACCGGUGCUGGUGGCUUCAUCGCUUCCUGGAUCGUCAAGCUUCUUCUUGAAAAAGGUUACACCGUGAAAGGCACUGUGAGGAACCCAGAUGAUCCCAAGAAUGCUCAUUUGAGAGAGCUUGAAGGAGCGAAUGAGAGGCUAACUCUUCACAAAGCAGAUCUUCUUGAUUAUGAGUCUCUUAAGGAAGCCAUUAAUGGGUGUGAUGGAGUUUUCCACACAGCUUCACCUGUGACUGAUGAUCCUGAACAAAUGGUGGAACCGGCCGUGAAUGGGACUAAGAAUGUGAUAAUAGCAGCGGCAGAGGCCAAGGUUCGACGAGUGGUGUUCACGUCUUCUAUUGGUGCAGUGUAUAUGGACCCCAACAGGAGCCCUGAUGUAGUGGUCGAUGAGUCUUGCUGGAGUGACCUGGAGUUCUGCAAGAAUACCAAGAAUUGGUAUUGCUACGGGAAGGCUGUGGCAGAGCAGGCAGCCUGGGAAACGGCCAAUGAAAAAGGGGUAGACCUUGUGGUGAUAACCCCUGUUUUGGUGCUAGGUCCACUGCUGCAAUCAACUGUAAAUGCUAGCAUUAUUCACAUCCUCAAGUACUUAACCGGCUCAGCAAAGACCUAUGCCAAUUCAGUUCAAGCCUAUGUACAUGUGAGAGAUGUUGCAUUAGCACACAUUCUUGUCUUUGACAAUCCCUCUGCCUCCGGCCGAUACCUCUGUGCAGAGAGCGUUCUCCACCGUGGAGAAGUGGUGGAGAUUCUGACCAAGUUCUUCCCUGAGUAUCCCAUCCCUACCAAUAGGUAAGUGGGGGCAACCCUUGUUUGCUGUUUGGCGAGGAAGUCGGUUCUGCUCUUUGAAUUUUCUGCAAGUGAAAAUCAUAACAAACUUUAACAGGUUUUGCAUUUUACUAUUGUCAUUUUAGUCGUUGAAACAUAAGAUAAAUGAGACGUAAUAAGGAUUUAUCAAAGAUUUUGCUUUAAAAAUAGAUUUUUUUUCAUAAAACAAUGAAAAAAUAGGGUCCACCUUGGGUUUACAUGGCAUGAGAUAGUGGUGGAAGAGAAAUAGUCUAUUUCCAUAUUCUUCAACCUACUAAACGCUAGGUAUUUUACUUGUCUUUUAACAACUCUUCUUUGCUGUGCUGAGAAGUUUAAUUCUCAAGAUGGGACACUUUCUAGGAAAUUAGAUUGGAUAACAGUUCUCACAGAUUACCUGAAAAACUUGGAAAAGAAAAAAAUAAGUUAUUUUCUCAUGGAGAAAAUCAUGAU